UGUCUCAGCCAGCGAGCGUUGACGGCCUGGAAAAAUCAUCUGUGGCCAGCUGUGACAUGGUUGUAGACAACACCACCAAUACCCAGAAUGCUCCAGGAUCUCGACAGCAGCGAGGAAAGCUGUCGUCUCUGGGAAAAAUCUUCAAGCCCUGGAAGUGGAGGAAGAAGAAAACCAGCGACAAGUUCCAGGAUCUCUCCAAAGUUCUAGAGAGAAAAAUAUCCACCCGACAAACGAGGGAGGAGCUCAUAAAGAGAGGAGUUCUCAUUCCUGAGCAAGAUGAACCAAUCAACAGUGAAAAUCUGAACGGCCAUGCCACGUCCAGUUUGACUCCAGAGGAGGUUAAAGUGGACAUCGAGUCUCCAGAAACACCCGUCGAGGAACAAGCCACUGGGCCAGUUAGCACCAAGGGGAAAACAACAGCCAAAUCCUCAAAUCCAAAGAAGACGGGAUGCACAGCAAAAACUCCCCCCGUCUCCUCAUCUACGCCUCGUUCUCGAGUGCCUAAGGACACCGCAGCUCCAGCAAAGGCUAACGGGACAGAGGCAAAGGCCAGCCGAAAAUCAGACACUCCGACUUCUUCUUCUGUACCUCAGAAACACUCCACAGAGACUCCUAGCCAGCCUGGGGAGUUAAAACCCUCACCACCUCCCUCGGUCAACAAGCCUCCUUCAUCUAAAGCCUCAGGAAAUGAGGCAGAGGGAAGUCGGGCAGCUUCUAAACCUGAUCUAGAGUCUAAACCAGCUCCUGGUAGCUCAACUUCAGGUGAAGAGACUCACAAAGGGACUGCUGCUGACACCAGAGUCCAGUCCCCCCAUAUCAACAUGGCUACAGAGGACACGUCCUUCACAGAGGGAGAGACAGAGGUUGGCACACGGCAGGAGAAACAGGAAAAGACCAAAGGGGAAGAAGUUAAGAAGAAUGGAGAAACGGAGUGCGGUGUAGAGAAUGGCCAGAGGUCGGAGGAGGGCGCCACUGAAAAACCGCACGGUCCUAGUGUGAAAACUGAGCAGGCUGAGGUCACCAUUAUCCCCGACAGACCAACUUAUAGCCAGACCAGUGACUCUGAUUCUGAUGGACCCAUCCUGUAUCGGGACGAUGACGAAGAGGAGGAGGAGGAUGAAGACUAUGAAAACAACUCUCUGGCCAACAAGAUCCGUCGACGAGACACGCUGAACAUUAAGCUUGGCAACCGACCGAGCAAGAAAGAGCUGGAAGAGAAGAACAUUCUGCCAAGGAGCUCCGAGACCGAGCGGCACGAGCUCCGCCAGCAGAUAGGCUCCAAAUUAGUCAGGCGUCUGAGCCAAAGACCCACAACAGAGGAGCUGGAGCAGAGAAACAUCCUGAAGCAGAAAAAUGAAGCUGAGGAGAAAGAAGCCAAGCAGGAGAUUAAAAGGAGACUCACAAGAAAGCUGAGCGUGAGGCCGACAGUGGCAGAGCUCAUCGCUCGGAGGAUUCUGCGUUUUAACGAGUACGUGGAGGUGACGGAUGCCAAGGAUUAUGAUCGGAAGGCAGACAAACCGUGGACGAGACUUACUCCUGCUGACAAGGCUGCCAUCCGUAAGGAGCUGAACGAGUUUAAGAGCCGAGAGAUGGAGGUUCAUGAAGACAGCAAACAGUUCACCAGGUUCCAUCGGCCGUAAAAAGCUCCAGCUGCAACCAGAAGCUCUGUGGGCCGCAGGUCCUAGCGGUCCUCCAGCCCCUCACUCUCCAUUUGCUUCUGAAUCCAGUUGACCUUUUUUUCCUAACAAGACACUUUGAAUUGCCAUAGCAAGGAAAGCUCCGUUGUUUUUAUUUUAAUUUUUUUCUUUAUUUGCAACAUUAAACAUGGCUGCAUUUGAUUUAGGAGAGCCAGAUGCAAGACUGUGGGGUUGUGCUUGUUUGAGUUUAAUGGAAGUUUUAAACUGCUGCAGCUGUUCAAAAUGUCUUCUGUGGAGAACAUCUGUUGCGUCUGAUGAUACCUAAUUAAAAUGACAGCUACAGUAAUGUCU